AUGGACCUGAGGGUAACCAGCGUUGUCCUCGUCCUCCUGGCUUUGGCUGAGGCGACCCCUGAUAGAUACUACCAUGUGCCCAAAGUGAGCAAGACUCCCUACCCCGUCAAGAGUCACGCUGUUGCAGGUCAUCCAGGUCCUCCAGGUCCUCCAGGUGAGCCAGGUCCAAUGGGCCCAGUUGGACCUCCUGGAAAAAGUGGUAUGGGACAUACAGGACAACAAGGCCCACCUGGACCUCCCGGACCCGCUGGCUACUCUCAAGCAGGUAAACCUGGUAGCCCAGGUGGCCCUGGAAAACCAGGUGCCAAUGGCAUCCCUGGUGAUAGAGGUGCACCUGGUGCAACUGGAGCAAUGGGUCCCAGAGGUUCCCCUGGUUCACCUGGAAUUCCUGGACCUGCUGGACUUUCUUCUGUUGGCAAACCUGGACCAUCUGGCAUGCCUGGUGGAAUGGGGCCAAGAGGAGAGCCUGGUUUGAAGGGACAUCCUGGUAUUCCUGGUCUUCCUGGCAACAAGGGAGAGAGAGGUAUUGGAGUUCCUGGUGUUCAAGGAGCACCAGGCCCCGUUGGACCAAUGGGCCCAGCUGGUAUGCCUGGCAAAUCUGGAAUUGGUCAACCUGGUGCUACUGGCUAUCCUGGAGAACCUGGCAAGUCUGGAAUGCCAGGAAGAGAUGGUGCUCCUGGACCAAUGGGUAUGCAAGGGCCAAAGGGUCACACUGGAGCUCCAGGCGUAGGAGCAUCAGGGAAACCAGGUCAGAAUGGUACCCCAGGUGUGCCUGGACCUAUGGGACUUAAAGGUCCACAGGGUCCAGCUGGUCAGCCAGGUUCCCCUGGCAUGCCAGGUGUUGGAAAAACAGGAGAAUCUGGAAUACCAGGUAGCAGAGGAUCCCCCGGUAGUCCAGGAACCACUGGUCAGAAAGGGGAGCCAGGCCCUACUGGUUUUACUGGUCAGCCAGGUGCUCCUGGUCCUAUGGGCCCAUCUGGUCCACAAGGUGCAAGAGGAUUCCAGGGUGAGUCAGGCCCAGGGGGACCCAAAGGCGACACUGGUAUGGUAGGUGCACCAGGGCCUAGGGGAACCAAAGGUGAACAGGGAGCUCAGGGUUUCACUGGAAAACCUGGAUCUCCUGGGGCUGUAGGCCCUUCAGGUCUGCCAGGUCAUAAUGGUCCUCAGGGUCAAAAGGGUUCACAAGGCCACGCUGGUGCCCCAGGAAUCCCAGGAUCAAAUGGCGCUCAAGGACAUAAAGGACACCCAGGCACCCCAGGAGCACCAGGAAAAUCCGGUGAGAUGGGAAGGCCAGGUUCCAUGGGACCAGUUGGGCCCCCUGGUCCAUCAGGUCCUUCUGGACUCAAGGGCCAUCCAGGUAUGCCAGGCCCACCUGGCCCAGCUGGCCUAACAGCUAAGGGAAUGUCUGGUCCUUCGGGUCCACCUGGAAUCCCAGGACCCAGAGGUCAAGAUGGUAUCCCAGGUGCUUCUGGUCCUCCUGGUCCUCCUGGCCCACCAGGAGAGGUAGUCUAUCACCAUGAGAAGAGCAUGCCAAUCAAAUCCCAUGAGGUUGUGAUGUCUCAUGAAAUGAUGAAGGCUCCUAUGUCUGCCUUCAGUGCUGUGCUGACCAGGGCCUAUCCUCCAGCUGCUACCCCUAUUCAGUUCCAUCAGGUUCUGUACAAUGGUGAGCACCAUUAUGAUGACCAUACUGGUGUGUUUACCUGCCAAAUCCCAGGCCUCUACUUUUUCAGCUAUCAUAUGCACGUCAAUGGUGCCAAUGCAUUGGUCGCCCUCUACAAAAAUGAGGAUCCAGUUGUUUUCACCUAUGAUGAGUACAACAAGGGCUUCCUGGAUCAGAUGUCAGGCAGUGCUGUUCUUAUGCUGCACCCUGGUGACAGAGUCUAUGUCCAGGUACCUGAUGAGGAGAGUAAUGGUAUAUUUGCAGCAGACAAUGUUCAUUGCUCUUUCUCUGGGUUCUUGAUUGCCUCAACGUGA